CAUCAUAAAUGAAAUUCCAAACAUAAUUGUAGUAAAUACGGAGUGUUUAAUGCGGAAGCGAUUUUUAAACAUGAUUCAUAAUAACAUAAUCAUUUAUUUUCUCAAUAAAUCCACCACGACUGUCUCGCCCCUUCCGCUGCCAAGAACAUGCCAUUCACUCAUUCUGUCUACCUGCGUGUAGCAAAUAAAACAUACUACACGCUCAGCGAUGAAGCUGAGAAGUUCAAUCACACCACUCUCUCCCAGGAGGACACGAAGACAAUUCAUGCGAUGAUUCACAAUGCCAAUCUCAAUUGGUGUAAAUUUGUGAUGACCUACAUGUUCACGGCCACCUCCGACAACCGGCCGCUCCCCUACGCCCUCCUUGUCAUGGCGAUUCUUGAAGAAUACAACAUCAAAACUGAUGUUGGGCCAACGAUAAAGGGGACAAAGCAUUGGGAGAUUGAUGAAUCCUCUUUCCACUCGGGCACCGACGAGACUCCGUUUCGACAGCCUCGUCCACGCCGACAACUGAGAGCCACUGCCUCAGCCGCCACCACGUCGACCAAUCCUUCUCUCGCUGAGCAAAUGGCAGCCUUAACCGCCACUCUCUCUCGGAUUGACACCAACGUCUCCAAAACGGCACACAACGUCAAUACCUUGAGCCGUGAACUUCACGGGUAUUUUGACUUUGUCAAUUACCCGUACGCUCAAGUGGUCCCUUACGUUCCUCCACCGAAUUUCGGAGGUGAACCAAGUGGGACUCAAAACGUUGGUAGAGAUGACGAGGUGGACAAUGAAGAAGAAGAAGAAGAAUAUGAUGAUGAUGAUGAUGAUGAUGAUGAUGGCGAUGGUGAUGAAGAUGAAGAAGAAGAAGAAGACAUUGACGAAGAACAACUUCUCAAUGAUCUUUCCCCGGAUUUCUAGAGCUCUAGCUCUACUUUCUUCUCUUCCUUAUUUUAUUAUCUUUUUUUACUCUCGUUAUGUACUCUGCUAUUUCCCUUAAUUAAUUAAUAAAAAUCUUUAUGAUUU